UCUCUGUCACUCUGUUUUGAAACAUUUUCUCAUUCACUCAUCUCUCUCACUCGUCUCGUCUCGUCUCGUCUCGUCAGUCCUAAUGAAAAUGGCGGACGGCGUCGAUUUGGAUUUGUACGCCGACGAUUUAGAACAGGAUUUUGCUCAAGAGGACUUCGGCGGAGAUGGAGUCGAUUUGUACGAUGACGUCAUUGCAGCCGCCCCCGGGAGCGGCGUCAACAACACCUCGGGAAGUGGUCCGUCUGGAGGCAGCAGUGGACCGCCCACUGGUGCCACCGACAACGGAACUGGCCCGGGUCCCGAAAACAUGAACAACUUGCAAAAGUCUGAAGGCGGUCGUCGUCAUCAGCUGUACAUUGGCAAUCUUACUUGGUGGACCACAGAUCAGGACAUAACGGAUACGGUGGCAUCAAUUGGUGUGACUGACUUCAAUGAGGUGAAGUUCUUUGAGAACAGAGCCAACGGCCAAUCGAAGGGCUUCUGUGCCAUCACCCUGGGCUCGCUAGACUCGAUUCGUGUUUGCAUGGAUCGACUGCCCAAGAAAGAGCUGCACGGACAGAGUUUGGUUGUCACCUACCCGACCAAACAUGCGCUCAGUCAUUUUGAGGCGCAAUCGAAAACCCGCCGUACCCCUCCGGCCCCCAACCAACAGGACGGACGCAUGGUUGGGGGAGUAGGCCCACACAACAACCACGGCGGCCCUCCUCCGCAUCCACCGGGCAUGAUGGGCGGCAUGGGCCCGCCCCCUGGCGGCCCCAUGCCCCCAGGACCCCCGCGCGGUGGCGACCCCAUGAUGAUGCGUCGUAUGCCGCAUCCAGGGGGUCCCCCCGGCCAUCCUGGUGGUCCGCCACAAUUCAGAGGGGGGCCACCGCCUCCAAGAGGUGGUCCUCCGCCUCCACAAGGCCCCCCUCAGGGGCCGCCACGCAUGCCUAUGCCGAUGGGAGGCGGUGGUGGAGGUCCGCCCCCACCCCAUCACAACUAUCAGCAGCAUAACAACUGGAACGGACCCCCCCGGCAGCCCGAUAUGAUGGCAGGCGGCCCACCGAGAGGUCCUCCGCAAGGCCCACCCCAAGGCCCGCCACAGGGGCCAAUGAUGGGGCAACGGGGCAUGCCAUUCCAGGUGCCCCCGCCCCCGGGCCAGCCGCCACGUGGCCCCCUGCCGCCCCCAGGACAAGGAGGCCCCCCGCCACCCGAUCAGCGCGGACCUCCGCCUCCGGGACCACCUCCGAGAGGUCCCGAGUGGAAUCGUCCUCCAGGUGGUCCCCCGCAAGGAUUCCCCCCGCAUCAGCAGGGUCCCCCCAUGCAGGGUCCUCCACCCCCUGGCCAGGGAGGUCCUCCCCCGCCUCGCGGCCCUCCACCGCCAGGACAAAUGGGAGGUUUGCCGCCUCCAGGCCACGGUGGCCCGCCUCAACCCCACGUGAAUCCGGCCUUCUUCCAGCAGCAGGGGGCAGGAGGCCCACCGGGGGCCGGUGUCCCCGCGCCACCCCCGCACCAACCGCCCCCGCCACAGCAGCCGCCUCCCGGCUAUCAUCCGCCUCCACCUGCGCAAAGGCCGCCGACACACGUGCCGUACGGAGCCGGACCGCCGCCCGAGCAUAGAGUGGUGGGUGAAGUGGUUCCGCCAAUCAGCGAGCCCGAAUUCGAGGAGAUCAUGAGUCGUAACCGCACCGUGUCCAGUUCCGCCAUCGCCAGAGCCGUGUCCGAUGCCGCUGCCGGCGAAUACGCGAGCGCCAUUGAGACACUGGUGACAGCGAUCUCGCUGAUCAAACAGUCGAAGGUGGCCAACGAUGACCGCUGCAAGAUACUCAUCAGCUCGCUACAGGACACACUGCACGGCGUCGAAGCCAAGAGCUAUGGCUCGUCGCGACGCGAGCGGUCCAGGUCGCGCGACCGUGACCGCGGCCACAGGCGACGUGACCGCCGCGACCGAUCGCGUUCGCGCGACCGCGAGUACCGCGAGAGGAGUCGUGAGCGUGACCGCGAUCGCGACAGGGAUCGCGAUAGGGAGCGCGAGCGUGAGAAGGAUAGGUACUAUGCUGAAGCGUAUGUGCGAGAACGCUCUAGAAGCCGAGAUAGGGAACGUGACAGAGAAUAUAGAGAGAGAAGUCGUGAGGACAGGGUCUGGGCACCCGACAAUGGUGUUGUCAGUAGUAGUCGGUCUGAGUAUUCGGAAAGUUCAACGCGGCAAGCUGUGCGAGUCAGAGUGAAGACCACUCCCGAGCCACCUGAAACAGCUGCUGUGGUCCCCUCUAAGACAAGGUAUUACGAUGACAGGUACAGAGAGCGCGAGAGGGGUGAGCGAGACAGAGACCGCGAACGCGAGCGAGAGAGAGAGCCGAGUCGCCGCGACCCCGAGAGAGAAAGGGAACGGGAGAGAGAGCGCGAGAGGCGCGAAGAGAGAGGCGAAUCUUCACACCGCAGUGCUCGCCAUUAGUUGGAGUGAGAAGGAAGAACAGGAUUGACAGUUGUCUCCAACACAUUGAUUUUGUAAUAUUAGGAGCAAAGAAGAUUGUCAACCUAAUUCAUAAUGAAUAGUUCAUAGUUUUCAAAUUACAUUUCGAUUAUGAAUGUAGACAUUUUCAUUGACGAUGAUAAAAUUGAACUUUUAUCGUGUUUUUCAUUUAUCCUUGUCUGUCAUCAAGUGUUUAUCAGUGUAAUUUUUGUCUAGUUUUUGGUUGUUUGUUAUUUGACACAGUAAUUGAUGAUUAUUUUUUAUUAUAACUUGUAUAAUAUGAGAAGUUUGAAUAGUCCAAGCUGUAGUCAUUUUACGUGAGGCUCUAGUUUCUUGGCUCCAUUCUGCUAGUGAACUAUGAAAUCAUUUACUUUUAUUCAAUGAUGAAUUCUCAUCACUACUUGAUAAUUUGACUUCAUUACAUCUCAAAAGUUUCAAAGCUACGUUAGUCAAUAAAGAUUGAGAAAUGCUCUAUCCAUUAUUAAAUGAGUACUGUAUUAGACUUGCUGGUAUCUGUAGAUGUCCUAAGUUUAGUGGUUUUUAUUGAAAGUUUUAGAUUAUUCAGUUUAUGAAAACUAUUUUCUUUUUCAAAAUUUGAACUUUUCAUGCUUAAUACUUGUCUUUAAACUUUGAUAAAUCGAUGUCUGGUGAAGAGUCACUAUGAACUAUUCUAAAGUAUUUAACUUAAAAAUACUUAUUUCACAAAGUUUCUUUUUCUUGAUUCAAAGUAGACAACUCAUAGUUUCCAGCAUACAAUGACUUAUUUUUCAAAUAAUACUAGCAUAUGACAGUUAGUAUUGCAUUUUACUUGAGUCCAGAAAUAUAUUUCAAAUACUACUUCUUCAAAAUAUGUUUUUCUAGCCCAUCAAGUUUUCUUCUAGGAUUGUUUUGACUCUUAUAUUUGCAUUCUUCAAUUUUUGGAGGGGAAUCACCUUUCAAGUUAAACGAAGAAUGACUUUGUAUAUAUUGAUGAAUUCUUUCGAAUCUCAACUUAUCAGUUUUUCUAAUAAUACUUCCACACUGAGUUGAAAACAAAAUAGUUUAUUUCGAAAAUCAAAAAUGUAUUAUGAAUCUGAUGUAAGUUAUUCAAAUGAAAGAUGAUUUUUAUGUUUGUGCUCUGAAUGUUUUCAAAAAUAUUCUUAGAAUACAUGUAGGUCCGAGUUAUUUCACAGAUGUAUCAUAGCUUUCAUAACUGAAUUCUUCCAAUCAUUUCUUAUUAUACUUUUAUUUUAUACAUUAUUUUAAAAUUGCCUCUAUAGUACUCUUAUAAUACUGUAUCAGUUUCUAUAAAGUUCUCCAAAAAAUACCAAGGCUAUAAUCAACUAUGACUAGCCCUGUGUGUAGUGUAUCUAACCUUUUUACAAUUAGUCACUAACAGGAAUACAUUCCCUAUUAUGCAAACUUCUUUGUAAUGUAUAAUAAAUCUCUAAACUUGACUUGAUGGCAGACUUUAGAAAUUUAGAAUUUAGAAAUAAGUUGAAUAAAAAAUAUCGGUGUUAUCUGUGUGGAUAUUAUUAGCCUAAUAAUAAUAAUAAUAGAUACUGGUCAACA